GCAGCCACAAACAACUACUCGGUUCACCAGAGCGCGACACGUGUCAGUACAAAAACGCGCCUUUUUUAUUUUCUUUUUCCUUUUCUUUUUUCCCUCAAAUUAUCGCCCUCGCUGGUAAAUGGUUAUUCGGCUCUGGAAGCAAAAGCAAGGGGAAAAAAAAAAAAGCGGACUUCGUUUGGAUGGAGAUAAAAGAAGAGUGGAGGGAAAGGGGAUUAGGGUUGACAGUGGGGCGAAAAUGGGACGGAAGAAGAUCGAGGUGAAGCGAAUCGAAGAUAGCUGUAAUCGCCAUGUGACCUUCUGCAAGAGAAGAUCUGGACUCAUCAAGAAGGCUCGCGAGCUCUCUGUUCUCUGCGACGUUGAGCUCGGACUCCUCAUCUUCACCAACCGUGGCCGCCUCUACGAGUUUUGCAGGGGAAAUAGCUUAUUGAACAUUAUUGAGCGCUAUCAAAGCCACCUUAAAGGCAAAAGUCAAAGUCAAAGUCCUAUUGAUAUUGAUACAAAUGCCAGUGACCAGGACCACCAAUCCAAUCAGACGAUAUUGGUGUCACUUGGAAAGCUCCUACAAACUAUUCAAAGUCAGGUUGAAGAACCAGAUUUCAAGAAGCUCAAUGUAACUGAAAUGAUGCAAUUGGAGAACCAACUCGAAGCCACACUCGACAAAAUCAAAAUUCAAAGAAUUGAGGCAAUGAUGGAAAAUGACUGUUGGACAGAUUAACAUGGAUAUAGCUAUGGGCACGGCCAUGGGCAUGAUCAACAGCCAUGCAUCCAUUUAACUAGUGGAAUUCCAAAAAGAACUCUUUGGUUGAUGUUGUUGCAAAUAAAAGAAAUUGAAGUUGCAUAAUUGUAUGAAUUGUUAACACCCUGCUAACCUGCGGAAGCAAAUGUGCAUACUAUGUAACACCAAGUAUGAUGGUUGUAGCAUAACGUUUAGGUUCUAUGAUAAAUGAGCCAUGCAGCAAUCACUAAUUUAAUGUUUCUAAUGAAAGACUUAUUAUUCUACUUA